CGUGCGGUUUCCGUGGAAAGUGGAUCGUGACGGAAACUUCGAAAAAAACACUCGAUCACGUGUGAAAAACUGUAAUGUAUUUAUUAAAAAAAAAGGAACUAUGAGGCUCGUUACGUGUGGAGUGUGGUUACUAACUCUAUUUUUAUAUGUCGAUUGUGAUAACUGGCAGGAGUGGUGGACUUACGAUGGUAUCUCUGGUCCUGGAUACUGGGGAUUGAUGAAUCCUCAAUGGAAUAUGUGCUCAAAAGGAAGACGACAAUCUCCCAUCAAUGUAGAGCCAGAUAAAUUGUUAUUUGAUCCAUACCUUAGACACAUCCACAUAGAUAAACAUAAAGUAAAUGGAAUGCUACAUAAUACCGGUCAGUCAUUGGUAUUUCGGAUAGAUAAAGAUAGUAAAACACUCGUUAAUAUAACAGGAGGACCGUUAGCGUAUCGGUAUCAAUUCGAAGAAAUUUAUAUUCAUUAUGGUACUGAAAAUCAGCAAGGUUCUGAGCACUAUAUUCAUGGGUAUUCGUUUCCUGCAGAGAUUCAAUUGUAUGGUUUUAAUAAAGAAUUAUACCAUAACAUGUCAGAAGCGCAGCACAAAUCACAGGGUAUUGUUGGUAUUUCGUUAAUGGUACAGAUUGGUGACAUGCCAAAUCCGGAGCUGCGAAUCAUCACGAGUGUCUUCAAUAAGGUUCUAUUUAAAGGUGCCUAUACACCGAUAAAGCAUCUAUCUCUAAGAAGUCUUCUGCCAGAUACAGAACGCUUCAUGACUUACGAGGGAUCGACCACCCAUCCCGGUUGUUGGGAGACGACGGUCUGGAUCAUACUUAACAAGCCCAUUUAUAUUACCAAACACGAGUUAUACCAACUACGCAAAUUAAUGCAGGGUUCGGAAGAAGCGCCGAAAGCUCCCUUGGGAAAUAACGCUCGUCCUGUGCAGCCUUUACACCAAAGAACUAUUCGGACAAAUAUUAACUUUAGAAACUCCGACAAACCCAGCUGUCCCUCCAUGCACAAGGAGAUGUAUUACAAAGCUAACAAAUGGACGCCCAAUGUCAAAGAGCAACACCCGUAUCAUACACUCCAUUCGCUACAUUGAAACUCAAGGAGCUUCUCUCUCGAGAACGUUAUGAGCUACGAGGGUCGCCCACUGUGUAAAUACUUCGUGCAAAAAGACAUAUUUUGUGAUACGUAUGCAAUAAUGACCAAAGUGUUUUAGCGUGAUUGAUAAACAGCGAUGUAAUAAAUUUGUAGAUGCCACUGAAACCGAAAAUAAACACUAUUCAAAUUUCGAUACACUAGAAAUUAUAUCAACUAACAUUUUUAGAACGAGGGUAGAUGGUUUUUCAACCCCAAUGAUUCAGUAUAAUGAUUGUUAUGUAAAGCAUCUUUUUUUUAACAAAUUCAGUCACUAGCGAUAUAUCUUGACCAGGUUUUAAGUCCAAUAGCUUUCUCUUGGCUAGUAUAUGUGUUCUCCGGAUCCAGAAGUUUAUGUCUUACAGAUGGGAUUCCAGUUCGGGAGGUUUUUUCCAAUUUCCAUACGUUAAAUCAAAUCUAAGGAAUGCUGAACACACUGUUUACAUUCAGUCUCUGAAGACGAUAACUUGGUUACUGAAACGCGCGUCAGGCAGUGUAAUUGUUUGUGUUGGUGUGAACAGUGUGUUCAUUAUGUUAAAAGCUUGGAUAUCUACGAUUUUUGUCUUCAAAAGAUUUAUAUUGUAUUGUUCUAAAUUUAUCAGUUCUAUUUUCCCUUUUGGUAAUUUUUCCAAUAGUAAAAAAAUGUUUAGUCUGUAAGCUGUAUCUUCAGCAGUAGAAAAUCAGGAUUUCUGGGAGAUUUUUUGGGGUUCACAGAUACAGUUAUUGAUAUGGAGAGUCCGGAGAAGCUUCAACUUCAGUUUCAGCUAAGUAUUGGAAAACACAUUGGAUUUUUAUUGUGGUUUUUCACUCGUAGAUCUUCGAGAGUAAGCAUUUGUUUUAUUGUGGUUAAUUUCUUGAGGUAUCUCUGUAUUUUAGUUUGCAAACUGCGUUUCCAAAUAAUAUUAUUUAUGCAGCUUGUUCAUAAAUCUAUUUAAAGAAAAAUUCAGCUUUGUCAAAGAUAUUUGAAGAGUUCGUAUUCGGUUUCAGUGGUGAUUUCCCAAAAAUAUUGUGGGUUUUUCAAUAAUAAUGUAAAUGAUAUAAAAUUUUUGUUAUUUCUCCUUCAAGUAUCUUAACUCAAAUUUGCACCAAGUUUCCUCAUCUUUCAGUGAGUUCUUCGAAGAAACAUUUAAAAACAGCCCCCUCAUUUAAAUCAAACAUUUCUUGCAUUAUAAGUUCAUAUAAAACUUUUCUUUCGAGGAUAGUAAGUCACCUAGGAUUUUGUACUUUUAUCCCUUAACGUACUUAACGUAAUUCAAGAGAAAAUAGGGCGCGAGUAAGAUCACUUAUAAAAGUAACUGAAGUGUGAAGAUAGCGAAAAUUGCUUAGUACAGAAAAAUGACUACACUGUAUAUUAUUUCCGGUUCGUUGACUGAAACUGAAGGAAUUAUUAAAAGAGUGUUCAUAUUAUAAUAAUGUAACUGUAUAAAAAUUUAUUCCGGUUUUUAUCACAAAAAAAUUCUUAUGUGUAUUAAUUAUACAGAAAUGUAUGUUAUUCAUUGUUUUAUGAAACUUUUAUUUCAUUAUCUCUGCCCUAUAUUGUUUUUUGUUGUCUUCUACUGUAUUUUGUCAUAUUUUCUGAUCUACUCUUAUCUUUAUUGUUUAAUUUGUUAUUCACUAUUUUCUUUUAUAGUCAAUGAUUAUAUUUUAUGUCUUUUAUUGUUUUUUUUGUACCUAUUUGACUUUUAUUUGUUUGUUCUAAUAUUAUUUUCUGUCCCCUCCUGCUUUUUUCAUUGUCUUUCAUUAUCCACAUCAUAUAUUACUACAUUUUGUUAUCUUUCUCUCUCUUAUCAUCCUUUCCGUUGUUUUUCAUUUCAUUCUAUUACUCGCUCCCAUUUUACUGUUGAGUUUCUUAUCGACCAUUAUCUUUUAUUAUCUUCUGUCAUUUUUCAUUCCUUUUUUGAGUCUUUCAUUGUUUUUUCUUGAACUCUGUUGUCUUUAUUUGUUUAUUAUUGAAUACUAGCUUUUCGGCCUUCAUAUUGUCAUCUUUUAUUACCUUUUGUAGUCUUUCUCUUUAUUUUCAUACUUUUAAUUGUCUUUUCUCAUAUUUUAUAGUCUGCUCCCGUUUUUAUUUUUAAAAUUCUCUUAACUACCAUUGUUUUCUGUUACUUUCCAUUUCUUUUAUAUGUCUUCAUUGUUUUUUAUUGGUCUCUGUAACCUUUAGUCAUUUGUAAUUAACUCACGUUAAUUUCUGUUCCCUCUAUUUGUUUUUCGUUGUCUUCGAAUGUCUUCUGUUGCUUGUUGUUCUCUGACACUAUUUUUUGUUCUCUCUAGUUGUUUUUCGUUGUCUUCGAGUUACUUGUUAUUGUCUGACAGUAUUUUCUGUUCCCUCUAGUUGUUUUUCGUGGUCUUCGAGUUACUUGUUGUUGUCUGACACUGUUUUCUGUUCCCUCUAGGUGUUUCUCGUUGUCUUCUGUUGCUUGUUGUUGUCUGACACUAUUUUUUGUUCCCUCUAGUUGUUUUUCGUGGUCUUCGAGUUACUUUUUGUUGUCUGACACUAUUUUUUGUUCCCUCUAGUUGUUUUUCGUGGUCUUCGAGUUACUUUUUGUUGUCUGACACAAUUUUUUGUUCCCUCUAGUUGUUUUUCGUUGUCUUCGAGUUACUUGUUAUUGUCUGACAGUAUUUUCUGUUCCCUCUAGUUGUUUUUCGUGGUCUUCGAGUUACUUGUUGUUGUCUGACACUGUUUUCUGUUCCCUCUAGGUGUUUCUCGUUGUCUUCUGUUGCUUGUUGUUGUCUGACACUAUUUUUUGUUCCCUCUAGUUGUUUUUCGUGGUCUUCGAGUUACUUUUUGUUGUCUGACACUAUUUUUUGUUCCCUCUAGUUGUUUUUCGUGGUCUUCGAGUUACUUUUUGUUGUCUGACACAAUUUUUUGUUCCCUCUAGUUGUUUUUCGUUGUCUUCGAGUUACUUGUUAUUGUCUGACAGUAUUUUCUGUUCCCUCUAGUUGUUUUUCGUGGUCUUCGAGUUACUUGUUGUUGUCUGACACUGUUUUCUGUUCCCUCUAGGUGUUUCUCGUUGUCUUCUGUUGCUUGUUGUUAUCUGACACUAUUUUUUGCUCCCUCUAGUUGUUUUUCAUUGUUUUCGAGUUACUUGUUGUUGUCUGACACUAUUUUUUGUUCCCUCUAGUUGUUUUUCGUUGUCUUCCAGUUACUUGUUAUUGUCUGACACUAUUUUCUGUUCCCUCUAGUUGUUUUUCGUGGUCUUCGAGUUACUUGUUGUUGUCUGACACUGUUUUCUGUUCCCUCUAGGUGUUUCUCGUUGUCUUCUGUUGCUUGUUGUUGUCUGACACUAUUUUUUGUUCCCUCUAGUUGUUUUUCGUGGUCUUCGAGUUACUUUUUGUUGUCUGACACUAUUUUUUGUUCCCUCUAGUUGUUUUUCGUGGUCUUCGAGUUACUUUUUGUUGUCUGACACAAUUUUUUGUUCCCUCUAGUUGUUUUUCGUUGUCUUCGAGUUACUUGUUAUUGUCUGACAGUAUUUUCUGUUCCCUCUAGUUGUUUUUCGUGGUCUUCGAGUUACUUGUUGUUGUCUGACACUGUUUUCUGUUCCCUCUAGGUGUUUCUCGUUGUCUUCUGUUGCUUGUUGUUAUCUGACACUAUUUUUUGCUCCCUCUAGUUGUUUUUCAUUGUCUUCGAGUUACUUGUUGUUGUCUGACACCAUUUUCUGUUCCCUCUAGUUGUUUUUCGUGGUCUUCGAGUUACUUGUUCUUGUCUGACACUAUUUUUUGCUCCCUCUAGUUGUUUUUUAUUGUCUUCGAGUUACUUGUUGUUGUCUGACACUGUUUUCUGUUUCCUCUAGGUGUUUCUCGUUGUUUUCUGUUGCUUGUUGUUAUCUGACACUAUUUUUUGCUCCCUCUAGUUGUUUUUCAUUGCCUUCGAGUUACUUGUUGUUGUCUGAUAUUAUUUUCUGUUCCCUCUAGGUGUUUCUCGUUGUCUUCUGUUGCUUGUUAUUAUCUGACACCAUUUUUUGUUCCCUCUAGUUGUUUUUCGUUGUCUUCGAGUUACUUAUUAUUAUCUGAUACUAUUUUCUGUUCCCUCUAGUUAUUUCUCGUUGUCUUCUGCUGCUUGUUGUUGUCUGAUACUAUUUUCUGUUCCUUCUAUUUGUUUUUCGUUGUCUUUGAAUUUCUUCUGUUGUUUCUUGUUGUCUGUUAUCAGCUUCUUUAGGUCCUUUUUUUUAACUUUUAUUGUCUUCUCUUCUAUUUUGAUGAUUUUUCUCAUCUAUUGAUGCUGUAUAUUCCUCCAGAUGAUCUCCAUUGUCUUUUAUCAUUUUUUCUUAUCUUUUAUCAACUUUCAAGGUCUUUUGAUGCCUGUUUUGGUCUCUAAUUUUUUUUAUUCAAACUGUUUUCUUUUUUCUUAUAUUAUUGUGAAACCCACCAUGUUUAUAGCUAUAAAUAUAUAAAAUUUUUCACAAACAACGUCUUCAAAAUAUUCCAUUAAGUGAUUAAGUAUGAAAACAAAUUGAUCGAGGCACAUCGACAAGUAAAUAUUUUACGUAAAAUGAAAUUUGAGAAACUGGAGGUUUUUCCACAUCGUUUAUUAUGGUGUUUGUGAAAAAUAAAGCACGUAGUGAUGACCGGUAUUUUUACCUUCAACUUUCAUAAAAUAACAUUUUGAAAGGAGGAAUUUUAUUCUUAAUUAUGUUUACAUUAUCUUUAACUUUACAUAAAGUUUUUACGAGGAGAAAUUUUUACAUUCUGGAUAUCUGAUUGCAUCCCAAUCUAAUAUUGUUUCCUUAAAACCAAGUAUUAAGUGUUGAAUGGUUGCUAUACGCAUUUAAGCAGCUAACUGCUUUUUUCUAUUAUCGUGACCCUUCACUAUGAAUCUCAGUCAAAUGCCGAUGAAUCUUCACUGGUGGUAAUCAUUAUGCAAGGCAGUGUUUUAGCACAUUUUCUCGUGGAUAUGAGAAACUGACAAUUCUAAAAAUAGUAGCAGAGUGUAAUUUCACAUUAUUAAAUAUAUCGCUCAUCACUAUAUAUUAUGAAUGUUGCCCAAAAACAAUCUUAUGCGUAGAUAUUUUCGUUAGAUGAAUAAAUAAUUAAAUUCAGUCUCUAUAAACGCUGUAAAUAUUUAACACAUUCGUUUGGGGUGUGACGAUUUAACAAUAAUACGAUCGUGUAUGUCCAGUAAAUAUAUUAACCAAAAAGAGAAUAAAAAAAAGAAGAAGUAAAUAAAUUGUAAGUCAAUAUUAUAUGAAUUAAGAAGGACUAUUUUUUGCUAGGAAACUCGUUUAUAUUAUAUCGAUAAAAAUGUUAUAAAAAAUGCUGUUGAUCGUUCGGUUCGUUUUUUAUACCGCCUUUGUCAGCAGAGAUAAAAUCAUCCUCAUAUUCUGUACGAAAUAUAUUUUCUCUCCAAAAUUAUACUGUCGAAAAUCUGAUAUCUUCGUAAUUUGUUUAAAUUUUUUCCAUAUGGAAAAGUUUUACAUAAUUGGCUGCGAUGUUUUUGAUGUAAAUAUGAAUAUUUUAAUUAACUGCAUAAUCGGGGGGGUCAAAUAUAAAGCGAUUAUCUGCUUUCUGAUAUUUAGUUCAAGAGAAAGAAAUAUUCAAAACGUUAGUCAACUAUGGAAAGCUUGCACAAUUCCUAUUUAUUACUAUUUAUAUAGUACACAAAAUAUCUGGAAAUUGCAGAGAUUUCACUGAAAUAUUUGAAUUAGAAAACUGGAAUCGAUAAUUGUUGUUAAAAAUGCGUUAAUUUUAUUAGAAAUAUUCAUGAUGCUCACAUAUUUACGAGAAAUUGCAUGACUUUUACAGAAAAAUUUAUAAAGUUAACAAUUUUUUGGUAAAAUGUACAAAUUUUCAAACAAUUUAUAUGGUUUUCGCAAUUUUUCGAAUAAGUGGGCAGAUUUUUCAAGAAUGUCUAUGAUAUUUGAAUUUUUUUUUAAAGUGAUUGAAUUUUUCGAAAAAAUUCCAUGCUGUUUGCAGUUUUUCGAGAAAGUGAUCAAAAUAUCUCGAAAUUCCAUUCUAUUCCGCGAUUUUUCGAAAAAGUAAAUAAAUUUUUCAAGAAUAUCCGUGAAUUUCAAAAUUUUCAUUAAAGUGGAAAGAUUUUCCGAAGAUAUCGAUGAUUUUUUCAAUUUUUCAAAAAAGUGGACAGAUUCUUCAAAAAAAAUUGGACAGAUUUUGCAAAAAUGUCCAUAUAUUUUACAAUUUUUCUAAAAUAUGGACAGAUUUUCCAAGAAUAUCAAUGAUUUUCUUAAAUUUUCG